ACUUGCCAACUGUCCGUUACGAAGUCUCAGGGUCUACUAAAUUAACCAAACAAUAUAUACCAUAUUAAUUAUGCAAGUUCUACCAACAAGCUGUAUGGGCACCCUUUUCUACAACCAAAGGGAUAAAAGGGAAGGGAUAUUGGCAUUUCAACAAGCUGGGUAGCUACCUUCUUGGGCACUGAACUAAAUCUUUAUAUCCCUGCAGGAAUGGCUGCAAGCAAUUCUUGUUGUUGAGCUACAACUUCAUGUCUCCAGUGUAUUGAAACCGAUAUCCUUGCAUGGUUUUGAGCUCAUUCAUGUAACGCGGUAGAGAUUGAUAUGUUGAGCAGACAUAAAGCUUAUUAGUCUGGUUUAGAUUUUCUAGAGAAGUCCCAGAAAGUGUUUUUUGAGGUUGGGAUCCUGAAGUUAAUUAGAUUAUGGGUUUGAGGUGGUGGAGAAAUUUUGGUGCAGCUCUUGCUGGAGUAUUACUGUUCUUUCAUGGCUUCUGUUACUCAGAGAAAGCUCCCAAUUAUUCAUUCCUCCAAGAAGCAAAACAGGCUCCACCAAACCUAUAUUACGACUAUAUAAUCAUUGGGGGUGGAACCUCUGGCUGUGCAUUGGCUGCAACUCUCUCCCAAAACGCUACCGUUUUGGUGCUUGAAAGAGGAGGCUCGCCCUAUGGCAACCCUAAGAUAAGAAACCUGGAUUCGUUCUUUGCCAACAUUUUGGACAAUUCUCCAUUAUCACCUUCCCAAUCCUUCAUCUCUGAAGAUGGAGUCUUCAACACUCGAGCCCGUGUUCUAGGUGGUGGAAGCGCCUUGAAUGCUGGUUUUUAUUCAAGAGCUAGCGCCGGCUUCGUAAAAAGCUCAGGCUGGGACGAAAGACUGGUGAAGGAAUCUUAUGAAUGGGUGGAAAAGAAGGUGGUGUUCAAGCCCCCGAUGCUGCAGUGGCAGUCUGCUGUCAGAGAUGGAUUGCUGGAGGCAGGUGUGUUGCCAUACAAUGGAUUUAGCUAUGAACAUUUGUAUGGGACUAAAGUUGGCGGAACCAUAUUCGAUCAUCAGGAUCACAGACACACUGCUGCUGAUUUGCUCGAGUAUGCCAACCCUAAAAAUAUUGUUGUUCUCUUACAUGCAACAGUGGAGAAGAUUGAGUUUAGAUUGCAUGGAGAAUCAAAGCCAAUAGCCUCAGGUGUGAUAUUUAGAGAUGAAGUAGGAGUCAGGCAUAAUGCGUAUAGGAGGGACUCCAAGAGCGAGAUCAUAUUGUCAGCUGGCGCGAUUGGAAGCCCACAAUUGUUGAUGCUGAGUGGAAUUGGGCCUGAGUCCCAUCUUAAGGCCCAUGGUAUCCCAGUGAUUCUGGAGCAGCCCAUGGUUGGCCAAGGCAUGGCUGACAACCCAAUGAAUGCCCUGCCCAUUCCCUCUCCACGGCCCGUCGAAAAUUCCCUCAUCCAAGUCGUGGGCAUCACCACGUUUGGGAGUUACAUCGAAGCCGCUAGCGGUUCCGAUAUCAUCCGUUCUUGGUUUCACAGGCCUCCUGAACAGUUAUCCAAUGCUUCUACAAACCCAAAAGGUACGGAGAAAGCCCAUAAAGCCAUGAACACCAUGAUGAAAGCAACAGUGAGAGGUGGAAUCAUCCUUGAGAAGAUCAAAGGUCCGAUCUCAACAGGCCACCUGAAGCUCCGAACCACCAACCCAGAAGACAACCCAUAUGUCACCUUCAAUUACUUCGAGGAGCCCGAGGACCUCCAGAGAUGUGUGGAAGGCAUGCGCACCAUCAUAAAAGUCAUAAACUCAAAAGCCUUCUCCAAGUUCCGAUUCCCCCACAUACCAGUCCAACUUCUUAUAGAUAUGAUGGUAUAUUCCCCAGUGAACUUGCGGCCCAGACAUGUCGGCGCCUCCAUCUUCUUAGAACAGUUUUGCAUAGACACUGUAAUGACGAUCUGGCAUUAUCAUGGAGGCUGCCAUGUUGGGCGAGUGGUGGAGCCAGACUACAAGGUUAUUGGCGUGGAUGGGCUAAGAAUUAUAGAUGGUUCUACCUUUAAUCACUCUCCGGGGACUAAUCCACAAGCUACUGUUAUGAUGCUUGGAAGGUACCUAGUCAUUUAUCAUAAUCAAAUAUUCGUAUUUUUUCCAUUAUUACUGAUUUUUUUUCCUUUUAAUUUUCCAAUGCAGGUACAUGGGGGAGAAGAUUCUUGGUGAAAGAUGAAGUAGCAAAAAUUGUGAUUUUUAUUUAUUAUUUAUUAUUAUUACUAUUUUGGGCUUUAUCAAGUGGGUUUGAAAUUGUGAGAAGUAAGGAUUUGCUGCAGCUGCUGCUAAUAAAUAGCUUCAACUACAUUACGAAUGGAAGCUCUGUAAAAUUACAAUACUGUCUUAAGAAGUAUUAGAUUACAAGUACUCAUAAAGAAAAACUAAGUACAAAUAGAAGAAGACAAAUAAAAACUUAAGGAAAAUGUGAUACAAUUAGUAAAACCAGCAAGAUUCAAACCAAAACGUUUCAUGACCGGUCCUGAUAUUGAACUAUGAAAAAAGCUGAGAACUUUACCAUCUCUCAGUCAACCCCAUGACAGGAACUGAAAAUGAAGUAAUUUACAGAUACACAUCACAUAUAUGUAUUAGAAAGGAGCACAGCGUAAGUCACCCUUCAGAGUUGGCACAAGAGACCCCAGCCGUCUGAUUCUGAGAGCGUCCAUGUGGGUCCUUGUCUUCAUAAAUGGUGUCCAGCUUUCUUCCAGAGGAGUUACCCUUAGUGGUGGCUAUGAUCAUAGGUGGUGCUUUCUCCUCUAUCCUCUGAUUCUCCAUCUUCCUUGUUUCCACUGAUCUUUUCAUCUUCCCUCUAUCUCUUUCUCUUUAUCGUUAUGCUCCACUUUCCCGAGAAAAUAUCCACACUAGAACAUCAC